AUGAGCUCGCCAAGCCAAUCAUCAUCCGCUCCAUCGCCUCCCAAAAGCCAGAGAAAGUCGCGGAGCGACGAUAAUAAUCCCCAGAAUCCCAUCUCAGACGAGGAGUCACUGCAAGUAAACCUCAACAGCUCCCCUGCUUGCUCACCGGCUCGUCGUGCAUUGUCCAUUGACCUAAUGAAGAGCCCUGUUGGCACAAAAAUGACCGAUCUUUCCCGUACCCCUCCACCGGUUCAUAAGAAGAAGGCGCAUCGUGGAGGUCAUGGAAUAGAUCUGCGUCAGAGAUCAAGCUCGUAUGAUAUUCACUCCAGUUCAUCGAAUCCUCAUCACUCUCCUAUUCGUCAUGCAUCACUUCCAGUUUUGAAUUUGGACGAUGGGAUUGGAAACUUUGGACGCAUGACCAUUCACACUCCUGCGCCACCAGUUCGCCGAGCUCCGAAACGCAAGACGAUGGACAUCAAUGAAGGAGCCACAUCUUCAACUGCUUCUGAUAUUCCCCUUGUCAAGAUGCAACGCACAGAUUUUGCCACGUCCGGGACUAGUGGCCAAGGAUCGGCAAUUACUUCUGCGAGCCGCAGAGUUUCCCGUCCGCGUCGAGUUCUACAUCGCCGUUCACUGUUCAGUCCAAAGCCAGCGUCCACCUCUGAGAAAGCAGCUAUUCCUUCUGGACAAUCGAAAAACGACGUCCCGUCCGGUUCUUCCAACAUCCCAAAAACUGCAGAGAGCUCGCCGGAGAAGAUGGACGAAUAG